AUGCGAGCACAAGCCAAAGCUGUGGCAGCUUUCCACGGAAAUCGCGGCGAUAACGUGACAAAGUGGGACCAUGAAUGUGAAAUGCCACAGAUUCUAGACACUGUGAUAGUACCUGCCAAUUAUUUCUCCGGCUCAGGUAGUACUUCGCCAGAUACUAUACUCCGACAACCGGCUGCAAUAGAGUCCAUACGGGAUUCCGACCUCUGGGUUUUGAUUACGGACAGGGAAAUAGCCGAACAAAAUGUCGCAGAGCUCGCUCGGUUGGCCGACGUCAUGGAAGUAAUCCAUGUUCCCGCGGUUCUACUUAUUUUUGGCGGAAAGUACGCAUUUCCCGGCAACACCAAUAUCUCCGUUGGAAUACCGUUCUUCGCGGUCGCUCGAGCGGCAUUGAUCCUGUUUAAGGACUAUUCGACGGGGCAUUUCCAAGGUUCAUUCGAUCUAUCAAGCUGGGAAUCACUUCCAGAAUACCCAAACGAAGCUGCUUUUGUCAAGCGUUGUGGGAAAUUGGCCAUUAAUCUGACACAACAUGAAGGGCGAAGGUCUCCCACUAGAGCAGCUUCACUGGGACCUGAGUGGGAUGCAGCUACCAAUGCCCUAGUCAAUGUUCCUGCAUUGCUCGUCCAGCAACAAAUCAGGCUUCAAGACCUACGCAACUUACUUGGGGAAGAAGCCAUCUCUCAACUGGGACUCAUAUGCAAGACUCGCGGCCAGCUUGGCCAGCUACGGGAUCUACUCCUUCGCCACAAGCAACAGCAAGUCAUCGUACGGCUAGAGGAUCGCCAUGGGGCAAGAAUGAUAAUGGAGAGAAUCCAGACAGUAUCGGGACAUGAGGAUAGACUUUUGCUCAUGGAUCAGCUUCGUGGUGCUCAUGCCGCCAAUCGGGCGACUUAUCUGGACUUGCAGAAUUCUCCGAGCGAGGAAAAUCGGUUUGCUACCGAAAUCAACAGGCUCAUCAACCGAGGACUUUCCAUAAUUUCAGGUUUCGAGAAGUCCUCUUAUACAGCCGAUAUCCUCAACCGCAAAAGUAACAGGGCCAUGCGUUCAGAAGUAUCGUCAGCUGAGGACUCUGAGAUUCAUCUACAAGCGCUGGAUCUGUCCGAUGAUAUCGAAGCUUUUCGCGGCAUAUGUCCAAUCUGCUGCGGUGAAGAGCAGAUCAUGUCCGUGGUCCUCAAGAAACUUGAUACCGUUGAAGAGAACACUACAGAAUUCGCUCUGAACUUUCCCCUAGCUGCCGGGCAAGCGAAGCGGAACGCGAACAUGAUAUGCAGUCAAUGUAUAUGUUUCCAGUGUGCUCUUCCCUGCCCAAGGUCCAUCUACCAAGAGAACAUCGUGGCUACCAUUCCUACGGUCUGCUACCGAGGCCCAAACAAGAAGUACAUCAACCACCAGCUCACUCUUGCUAUCACAGCUGGACUUGCUACCAGCGCAUCGGGGGUAUUACAGCUUUUCAUGACGAUAAUCGAACGGACUCUGGAGACCAAGAACUGGUGCGCUAAAGAUAGUGAAGAUGCAGAGAUCUCCUCUCGUCGACAGCUUUUGGACUGGACUCUUCGAAACCUUCUCCAGAGGUGCGAAUCACGAGAAAAUUUCAGUGAGACUGGACAAUGGGUUGCCUAUUCUCAGGCUCUUUUAUGGGCCGUCUCGGAUUACAAUCAAGCACAUCUUGACAGCUGGAUCAUCCAAUACCCUCUAGCUGGCUUCAAUCAAAUGUUGAGAUGGUACGAGUUGCUCAAUUUGCCUAUUGUCGCCGGGAGGAUGGAGGCAAUGCAGAAGGCGAAGCUCAUUAACCUUGUCAUCACCAACAUCAUGAACGGGCUCUUUCGCGAGAAGGACGGAGAUAAAUCAUGGACGCACCCAUUCUUGCAACUUGUAUACCAAGGCUUCAACGCACCAAACGUCCCACGAGAUUUGGGUGGUCCAACAUCCAUUGUUUCGGCAGACAGGUUCUGGCCGAAACUGGAAGACGCAUUGGGUCAGUGGCAGGAGAUGAAGCGUUUCCUAGCAGGGUUCGACCAUGCCAGUCGUCGAGACGUCACACCUCGUCUACAAGCCAUCACGUUCUGGGCACUGUUUACACAGAAGGGUCAUACCACACCAAAAACUUUCUUUGUAAACGUGAAGUUAAGAGAGCCGCUGGCACCAGCAGUGCUGAACCCAGAAGAAUUCAUUGCAGAAGGACCUAUCUUCGAUAAACUGACUUCAAGUUUUUUGCCAACCCGCAGGCUGGAGCCCAUUAAUGCCCUUGCGAUCCGUGCGCGUCGUGCGAACCACUUCAGCGAGGUAUACGGAAUCGGUAGCACUUUCAAUUCCCAGACUGGCCUUCCGGACCUCACGCAAGCUCCAAAGGCUCCGGCAUCAUACAAUACUUUGCAAAUCAGCACGGCAAGAAGGUGGUCCCAGCUGGACCUGAAAAGGAAGCAAGCUAUUUCCGAAGGCAUAUCCGGAGGCAACGAGCCAGCGAUUGCAGCCUUUGUCAGGGAGGUCCGCCUGGAAAUCUGUGCCAGAAACCACCGGGGCAACAUUUACUCUGCAAGCAUUGGGUACGAAAUCCGGAGCAUUCUACCAGGUUUCCUGGAAGCACUUCGCGUUGCUAGCGACAAGACGAGGCUAGAGGACAAGACAGGCAUGGCCUUUGUGCAUGAUUUUAACCUGAAAAAUACGAUUCUUGCAAAAAUCGAGUAUGAGUUUUCGCUGUGA